AGAAGCAACGUGGCAUGACCGUGAUCACCAAAAUUGAGCUUCCUUCGCAGAUAAUUCAAAAUAACAAUUUAGUUUAACUUGUUCAUAGAAGCGUGGUGGAGGCACCGAGAGCUCGCAAACACACCAUGCAUUCCAGAAAACAGAGAGCCGUAGAGGCAUAGUAUAGGUAAGCAGAAGUCUGCAAAACCAUAACAGAAAUCCCCUGAAAAAAGAUGACGGCGACGAUACUAGUAGACUCAAAACCGUUCACACUCUUUAUCACUCCCAAGAAACCAUAUUACUCCACUGCUAAUAACUUCCAUCUCCUUCAAUUUAGUAAACAAAAUCAUAAUUAUUCGUCCACGAUGCCUCCUCUCAAAAGGAGAGUAAAAGGCUACUACUCUUCAAAAAAUUGGAAUUUCAAAAACAGCUUCAGAUCUGCCGCUGCUUCUUCUGCCACUGAGUCGCCACAACUAGAUAAGGGGAGUAAUAAUAAUAAUGGUGAUGGACAAAGAAAGGUGCCUGGGCUUAACACGCUAUUUAGAAGAUUCUGGAAAGUGGCUGCACCUUAUUGGUUCUCAGAGGACAAGGAGCCAGCUAGAUUGCAAUUGGCUGCUGUUUUUGCUCUCACUUUGGGUACCACUGGUAUUAGUGUCGGUUUCAAUUUCCUUGGUCGCGAUUUCUACAAUGCGCUUGCCAAUAAGGAUCAAGAACAGUUUACGAAGCAGUUAUUGUACUACCUUGGAGCCUUCGCUGGAGGAAUUCCGUUAUUUGUAUUGAGAGAUUAUGCAAGAGAGAUACUUGGUUUGAGAUGGAGGUCUUGGAUGACUAAAUUUUACAUGGAGCGUUAUCUGAAAAAUCAGACGUUUUACAAAAUUCAAUCCCAAUCUAUUAUUGAUAAUCCGGAUCAGCGCAUUGUUGAUGAUCUAAGUUCAUUCACGGGGACAGCCCUUUCCUUUUCGUUGACACUUUUCAAUGCUGCUGUAGACUUGAUAUCGUUUAGUAACAUCUUGUAUGGCAUCUAUCCACCACUGUUUGUUGUUCUCCUUGCGUAUUCUAUUGGCGGAACAGCUAUCAGUGUUUUUCUUGGAAGGGAAUUAGUGACUCUAAAUUUCUUGCAAGAAAAAAAAGAAGCAGAUUUUCGUUAUGGGCUUGUGCGUGUUCGUGAAAAUGCUGAAUCAAUUGCUUUCUUUGGGGGUGAAGAAAAUGAAAUUCAACUUCUGCUGCAGCGGUUCAAAAGUGCUUUUGAAAAUUUAACAAGGCUGUUGAUAUCUUCUAGAAAUCUAGAGUUCUUCACAAGUGGCUACCGGUACCUAAUCCAGAUUCUUCCUGCUGCUGUUGUUGCUCCUAUGUAUUUCUCUGGAAAAAUUGAGUUUGGUGUCAUUAAUCAGUCUGUAUCUGCUUUUAAUCAUAUCCUUGGAGAUUUUUCCCUUAUCGUGUACCAAUUUCAAGCCAUCAGUGCCUUUUCAGCUGUCAUUGACCGGUUAGGUGAAUUUGAUGAUGUUCUGGAUAGCAGCAGCUCUAAAUGUAUUUCCAGCUCCGUGGAAGAGAUUUCUCUUACAUACUGUGAUGAGCGAAGUUCACUUUUAUUGGAGUCUAAUGGUUCCAUACUAAUGGACAGGUGCCAAAAAGUAUUGGAUUUAGAGAAUUUGACACUACAAACACCAACGAGUAAAGCUAUACUGAUCAGGGACUUGUCAUUGGUUAUUAACAAGAAAGAUCAUUUACUUGUAACAGGACCUAGCGGGAGCGGUAAAACGUCUUUGUUGAGAGCUCUGGCUGGUCUCUGGAAUACUGGACAAGGGAAAAUCACUUUCUAUGUUAAUGAGGGAAAUGAUCCUCAGGCACCCACUUCUUCAGAAGUACCUGCUCUUAAAGUAAAUACUGCUGAUGACACGGCUGAGGAACUUGAAGGACCCAUUAACAGAAACGACAGAGGCAUAUUUUUCCUUCCUCAAAGACCAUAUAUGGUUUUGGGAACACUUCGUCAGCAAUUGCUUUAUCCUACAUGGGCUGAUGAUGUAAUUCCUACAUCAGAUGGUGGCAAUCCAGCUGGAGGCAAUCUUGUAACUUCCAGGAUGCACUUCAAUUUUGUGACUUGUGUCAUAGCUUUGCCACGCUCCAAUAGUCAGAUGUAUUGUUGCCUGUCAUGACUCAUGACUAGGAAAGUUGCUAGUGAUCCUUUUCUCUGGAUAAACGAAAAAUGGUACUCUUUUAGAGCUGAUUUAAUCUAUUGGAAUAAUUAUCAACACCCGUUAUUUUCCUUGAAAUGCUCAAUGGAGCAAAGUUUACUUCCAUUUGUUGGCAUUAAGUAUUAAAGCAAGAAUAUUUGGGAGUGCUUUAUGGGUCUUAGAACCAGUUGAAUCGAUGCUGACUAAAAAGGUCACAAUUUAGUUUUAGGUUGAAAGUGAUGAACAAACUUCAACCUUUUCUGGAUUGGGAGAGUGGUUGGUUGAAGGUUCUUAACCAAUUCCGAGACUCUUUUGUAUGCUUUAGGGGAAGGGAAGUUGGGAGCAGAUUUUGGAGCAUCUCUGGGAAGAUCCAGCAUCGUUUUAGAAAUUGUCGGCUCUGAUGUGGUCAUUUGUCAUGUAAAAUGUUCCAACCUGAUGAUGCAAGUUUUGAUAUUUAUAUGAAAUUCCAAGACGUUAUUUCCUUGAGAAAAUAGGAUGGAGAAAAACGAUUCCUAACUACUUUAGGAUUGAAAUUUAAUUGAGUUGGUUUGGGUUUUGUUAAAUUUAAUCAUUAAUGUUAAAACUCCCAGUGAUUUUGAGUAGUUAGUUCUUGCCACUUAUCAGCAUUCUUUGCCUGUAGUUUCUUGUGCAUUUGCAUCAUGAGGAUUAUUGAUAUUGCGAAAUCAGUAACUAAAAAAGAC